AUCCUGGGCAACGGGAGGCGAGGAGGGGUACCCCUUAAUAUGGAUGCGAGACAACUGCCAGUGCCCUGCUUGCUUUCAUCCCACCGCCAAAAACCGCCUGCUGUCCAUGGGGGCUCUGGCCAUCGACGUCAGGCCCACCGCCGUACAGGUGAGUAAUGACGGACAGGAGGUGGAGGUGCGCUGGUCAGACGAUCACGUAAGCUGCUUCACGGGAGCGUGGCUGCAUGAUCGAACCCUCGGCACAUUCCAGAGGGAAAAGCAGUCAGAGAAUUUCAGACUCAAGAUGAAGUUCUGGGGCAGCGAGAAGCAGGGGCAGUUGCGUCGGUUUUCCUUCCCUCUCCUCCGUAGUGACGACAAGAGCCUGUUGAACUUUCUGGAGGUGCUGGAGAUGGAGGGCGUGGCAGUAAUUAACGACAUGCCAUGCGAAACAGACCUCUUCAAGAUGUUUACAAAAGAGAAAAUUGGAUACACGAGGCCAACCCAGUACGGAAUAACGUUUAGUGUCCGCUCCAAGAAGACCGCGAGUAAUGUAGCCUACACGAGCAGUGCUCUGGACAUGCACAACGACAUGGUCUACCUAGAGGAGAAGCCGGGGAUUCAGAUAAUGCACUGCAUCUCACAAACAAAAGGACGAGGCGGUGAUCAUCUACUUGUAGAUUCCUUCCACGCGGCCAACCAGAUGCGAGAGAAGCACCCGGAGUUGUUUCGUGUCUUAACCAACACAGUCGUCACUUUUACAGAUGUGGGAUUCGAUUUCGUUGGCCAUUUCCACGCAACAGCCCGACGUACAAUAAUCCAGUGUGACGACAAUGGUAAUGUCAUAGGUACGAACAUAAGCAACCACUCCCGAGACUCACACUUCGCCGUGACCCCAGAGGAGACAGUGACUUGGUACAAGGCCUAUCUUAUCUUCUGGGACUUGCUGAAUGAUCCCAAGAAUUACAUCACGAACAAACUGCAAGACGGUGAAAUGAUUGUACUAGACAACUACCGGGUGCUGCAUGGACGAACUGCCUACCAGGAGAGCGAGGGCGAGCGGCACAUUGUCUCCGGUUACUGGGACUGGGAUACGGUCAAGUCCAGGAGAAGGGUCCUGCGGGCAGCACUUUCCAACUCAUGAAGGAGUAAUAGAACUUGCAAGGCACCCGAAGGGGGAGGUCUGCACAACCCGUGCUGGAGUAGGAUUUGUGAUUUUGCCAUCGGAAAUGAGUCCUGGAACGGGUGUGCUUCACAAUGACCCUUAGUGAAGUAAACACCACCGUGGCUUCGGGUACAAGUGAUAAAUCAAAACUGAACUACGUAUGUGUGUCAUCCGAUGCUCCUUUAUAUCUUACAUCGUCUUAAAUUUGUUAAGGAAUCAAUACUGAAAUUUAGCUCAUUAAAAGAAGAUGCGAUGUACCAAGCAAAAUUUUAUGUUUUCUUGCCUAUUUACUUUUUGACUGAAACUUGAAUACUAUGUACGUCCCCUUUUCCGAGUUACUCCUUCAUUCCAUAUUGACUUCAUCUCAGACAGGAUCUAACUCCAUCACGAACGAUUUUUACGAAAGAAAAUUAAAUAUUGCACACACACACACACACACACACACACACACACACACACACACACACACACACACGGGGAGUAAGACACUUCUGGUGGUGUAUAUUUGGUGUUUGCUACAAGCCUGCCACGGACCCUCCCGUGUCCUCACUUUCCAUUUUCAGUUUGUCUAAUUAACAUCAGAGAGUAGUUCAGCAUGCUCUCUAAAGACAAUUUAUCUUACUUUCCACGCCAAAUUACAUACGCGCAACACACACACCAUUACCUAGAAGUUUAUCUAAGUUUAUCAUUUCAUGUAAUAACCAGGACUCGGAGUGCCCAUCUGGGGUGACCAUAAAAUUUAUGUCAGGCUCUACUUUCUGUGACAGACUAGAGAGGUGGAAUGAUAGUUCUAACUUUUCAUUUACUCCUAUGACAUUUUGCGGUCUUCUCUGAGGCAAACUAUCUCCUCUAAACCUCACCUGUUCCUAACCAAAACAUAGGUUCUGAGGUUGCUGACAGCAAUCUCUACUCUGUUCUUUCAUAUUAUUUCCAUCGUCAAUAUCAAUCCAAAGUUGAAUGAUGCUUUUAAGUACGCAAUGAGAAUACUCGCUCUCGUGCCCACACCCUAGAUUCUUUAGAACGUUCCAACUGACUAAGCUGACUGGGUGGCUAUGAGUACAUUGUCAUUCUGUUACUAAAUGCGUAUUUACUAACUGCCAAAAUUAAAAGAUCUGACUAUGAAUUCCAAAAAGGAACUCAUUUUGGCACACUCUCCCUUCGCUGAGGUCUCCAUCGUUAAUUUCAAUGUUCACCAACAUUGGAUUACAUCCUCUUGCACUGACUAGCCUGGUAAACAAGCCUACAACUUUGCUCUACUCAGUUAUCUAGAACAGGUGACUUAGCACCCUACACGUAUGCCUGACCGCCGUAGAGACCAGGGAUGGGGUGAAUACAAGAACUGUGUAUUCGAAUAGGAAUACGAAUACAUUGAAAUACUGAUAAUUCGAAUACAAAUACGAAUACUUCAUGAGUAUUCGUGAAUGCAUUCAUGAAUACUUUACGUUGAAAAUAACUUUUUCAUGCAGGUAGCUCGGCAAUAAGCCUAAUAUGGUACUAAAGUUAUUCAAUAGUAAAACGACGUCACGAACUUAUAACUGAUGCCAGUAUUCUGUACAUGUUUAUCACACCUAGACAUAUUUGUUUUCCAAAAUUUUCAAGUAGCCUAUAUAUCUAAGCUGUACUGAAACAACAAAAUACCUAUAUCAAAUUAUAAUACAUGUAAUAUCCAACUUU